UACCCCACUUUCCCCCUGUCGGCGGUUGGGCGGAGGGAGUGCGCUUGCGUGUCUUCGUCCUAGUCUCCGCUGCGGCGCGUGGGUGGCGGUUGGUCUCUGCUCUCCUGCGCUCGCGGCCCGGCUGUCUUUGCACGGGAUGGCGAGCACCUCAACCCUCGCGGGGAGCUCUGCGCUGGGGCUGGGAGCUGUCGGGGGUGCCGGGCCCUGGGGCAGCUCGACGGGCGGCCCAUCCCGCUACGUGGCCGGGAUGCAGGAGCUGUUUCGGAGCCACAGCAAGACUCGCGAGUUCCCGGCACACAGCGCCAAGGUGCACUCGGUGGCCUGGAGCUGUGACGGGCGCCGUCUGGCCUCGGGCUCCUUCGACAAGACGGCCAGCGUCUUCCUGCUGGAGAAGGACCGCCUGGUAAAAGAAAAUAACUACCGAGGGCAUGGGGACAGCGUGGAUCAGCUUUGUUGGCAUCCGAGUAAUCCAGACCUCUUUGUCACUGCAUCUGGGGACAAAACUAUUCGAAUCUGGGAUGUUAGAACUACAAAAUGCAUCGCCACUGUGAAUACUAAAGGGGAGAAUAUUAACAUUUGCUGGAGUCCUGAUGGGCAGACCAUUGCUGUGGGCAACAAAGAUGAUGUAGUAACUUUCAUCGAUGCUAAAACCCACCGUUCAAAAGCAGAGGAGCAGUUUAAAUUUGAAGUCAAUGAAAUCUCCUGGAAUAAUGAUAACAAUAUGUUCUUCCUGACAAAUGGCAAUGGUUGUAUCAACAUUCUCAGUUAUCCUGAGCUGAAGCCUGUGCAGUCCAUCAAUGCCCAUCCUUCCAAUUGCAUCUGUAUCAAAUUUGAUCCCACAGGGAAGUACUUUGCCACAGGAAGUGCUGAUGCACUGGUUAGCCUUUGGGAUGUUGACGAAUUAGUAUGUGUGAGAUGUUUUUCCAGAUUGGAUUGGCCAGUGAGAACCCUCAGCUUUAGCCAUGAUGGGAAGAUGCUUGCGUCAGCCUCUGAAGAUCACUUUAUUGACAUUGCUGAAGUAGAGACAGGUGAUAAGCUCUGGGAAGUGCAGUGUGAGUCCCCGACAUUCACGGUGGCCUGGCAUCCCAAAAGACCUCUUCUGGCAUUUGCUUGUGAUGACAAAGAUGGCAAAUAUGACAGCAGCCGGGAAGCAGGGACUGUGAAGUUAUUUGGGCUUCCUAAUGACUCUUAAAAGGAAUUUGGAGGGUCCAGUGUGUGGAGGGGAGCCACUGAUUCAGAAGAGAGGCUGGGAUAAAGGCCUGAGAAAGUCAGGCAUCAUUUUGUCUAGUUUAUUUGGUCUGUUUCUCCCUGCGUACAUUCUCCCCCAUCCCUAAACAUCCCAGUUGUUUCCAUGUCCCCCAUUUGAAUAUAAUAUCGUAUCUGUUUGCGGUAUUUUUGUGGGAGUGAUGGGGUGGUAAAGUUUCCAUCUGUUAAUGCAAAGAGCACUGAAUUUAGAGUCAGAGCAGUGGAAAGAAGACUGGAUUUGAGAUUGGAGGUCUCUAUUCAAAGUUUAGUUCUGCUACUACCUAGAACUUUGCCUCUCUGGGCCUUAGUUUUCUCAUUUUUAAAAUGAAGUAUUUGGAUUAUCUAAAUCCUAUUAUUUUUCUUUCUCGGGGUUGCCCUGUGUACUUCAAGAAGCCUACGAGUUUCUGCAGGUAGCCGAAUAGUCUAACCAGUUUCCUCCUUUUUUCUUACUACCUUUAAUUUUGAGAAGGUGUUGUAAAACUGUACUUUGUAACUUUUGCUGACUAUAAAAGUUUGUUGGUUGAUCUUGGAGGUGACAGUCUCACUUCUUGAUCAAAUCUGGCAUGGCCCAAUUAGUAACUUCAUCUUUAAUGAAAAUAAUAGCUCCCUCCUCUGUAAAGAGAGGGGGUUGAAUUAGUUGACUUCUAAAUUCCUGUGAUCCAUUUUUUAUAGCACUUGGUUUAAAACAUAAUUCCCUUACAAUAACCCUAAGGGGAGGGUUAAAAGGUUAUUAUCCCCAUUUUAUAGGUGAUGAAAUUGGCAUAGAGAGGCUAAGUAAUUGACCCAGAGGGUAACAUGGCUAGUCAAAUAGGUAUUUCUGCCAAGUGACUGUAGGUGGUAUAGCAUGAUGUCAAGAUCCAAGUUGCUACCUCAUUUGGGUAUCUCCAUAUGUGAUGUGUGUUUUGACAGCUCUCCUGCUCAUACUCUUUCUACUUGUGGGUCCAAGAUUGAUGAAGAGGAAUGUGACAUUUUGGGGAAAGUAUUUUUUAAGAAUAAUUUUGAUAUUUCAGCUUUUAAUAAAAGUUAAAUUUUUGGGCAUUCUUACAUUUUAGUAAGGUGGUAUUGGACUUUUUGUGUUUUUUUAAAUCUGAGAGAUGGGUAAACACGAUUAUGGGUAACAUUACUCUUUACCACUUUGAAUUCUGAUCUCUGAGAAGCUGAAGCUAAUGAUCGGUGAUCAUUUAAGCUAUCACAUCCUACAUUUUGAGAAUACUGGUUCACAUUUCCUUAAUGAAAGUUUUAAAAGUGCUGUGA